AUGAAGGAGGGAACGGGGAAAGUUGCAGUGGCGGCGGCGGUGAUAGGGGCCGCGGCGGCGGUGGGAGUAGCGGCUUAUAUUGUCAGGCAGCGGAUGAAGAGCUCCGGGAAGUGGGCAAGGGCUUUGGCGAUUGUGAAGGAAUUUGAAGAGAAGUGUGGGACUCCAGAAGUGAAACUUAAGCAGGUGGCCGACGCCAUGACGGUGGAGAUGCACGCCGGAUUAGCCUCCGAGGGCGGAAGCAAGCUUAAGAUGCUCAUUAGCUACGUAGAUAACCUCCCUAAUGGUGACGAGGAAGGAGUUUUUUAUGCAUUGGAUCUUGGUGGAACAAAUUUCCGCGUAUUGAGAGUGCAAUUGGGAGGGAAAGAAGUUGGUAUUGUUCAUCAAGAAUUUGCCGAGGCAUCAAUACCCCCAGCUCUGAUGGGUCAAACUUCAGAUGCGCUUUUUGAUUAUAUAGCGGAAAAACUUGCAAAUUUUGUUGCUGAAGAAGAACAAAGGUUUCAGCAACCUCCUGGUAGGCAGAGAGAACUAGGCUUCACUUUCUCAUUCCCUGUGAUGCAAACUUCAAUAAACUCUGGUAAUCUUAUCAGGUGGACGAAAGGCUUCUCUAUUGAUGAUGCGGUUGGCCAAGACAUGGUAGCUGAACUUACAAAAGCCUUGCAAAGAAAAGGUGUUGAAAUGAGGGUGGCAGCUCUGGUGAAUGAUACAAUUGGAACAUUGGCUGGAGGCAGAUAUACCAAUAAGGAUGUUGCUGUUGCUGCGAUAUUGGGUACUGGAACUAAUGCGGCAUAUGUAGAGCGUGCUCAAGCAAUUCCGAAGUGGCACGGUCCGCUGCCUAAAUCUGGAGAGAUGGUUAUCAAUAUGGAGUGGGGUAACUUUAGGUCGUCCCAUCUUCCAUUGACGGAGUAUGACCAUGCAUUGGAUGUCGAAAGUUUAAAUCCUGGUGAACAGAUAUUUGAGAAGAUAGCUUCUGGCAUGUACUUGGGAGAAAUUUUACGCAGAGUUUUACUUAAGAUCGCUGAAGAAGCUGCUUUCUUUGGUGACGAGGUUCCGCCCAAACUUAAAAUUCCAUUCAUAUUGAGGACGCCGGAAAUGUCAGCAAUGCAUCAUGACAUGUCCUCUGAUCUUAAGGUGGUGGGCAACAAAUUGAAGGAUAUACUAGAGAUAUCUAAUUCCUCCCUGAAAACAAGGAGAGUUGUGGUUGAGCUCUGCAACAUUGUUGCCACGCGUGGGGCUCGGCUUGCUGCUGCCGGUGUUCUGGGCAUCCUAAAGAAAAUGGGACGGGAUACUUUGAGGGAAGGAGGGCCCCAAAAGACUGUCAUAGCCAUGGACGGUGGACUGUAUGAGCACUACACUGAAUACAGUAAGUGCUUAGAGAACACAUUGCGAGAGUUACUCGGGGAGGAAACUGCAUCAAGCAUUGUUGUCGAGCAUUCAAAUGAUGGUUCGGGCAUUGGGGCUGCUCUUCUUGCAGCCUCCCACUCCUUGUACCUCGAACAUAAUUCAUAA